GGCGGAGCCCAGUCCGUGCCUCCUCGCCUCCCUGCGCGCUCCCUGCUGCGCCCCGCGCCAGCCGCCCCAUCCCGCCCGGGCGCAACCCACCCGAGGGAGCCCGCGCCCCGCGCCCACCCCACGAGCCGGGCACCUGCGCCAGAUGAGAAAACUGAGAGCCAGGGGCUGGCUCACCAGAGAAGCUGCUCAGGGGCUGGCUGGUGGCUUGAGACGGGAGCCCCGCUGGAUCGACUGAGAAGGGACUGGUAGAGCAACGCCAUGAGUAUCUCUGCUCUGGGAGGCAGCCCCAAAGGGAAACCUCUGCUGCCAGGAGAGGAGGAACGCAAUAAUGUCCUCAAGCAGAUGAAAGUACGCACCACACUGAAGGGCGACAAGAGCUGGAUCACCAAGCAGGAUGAGUCUGAGGGCCGCACCAUUGAGCUGCCCUCGAGCCGGAGUCGCGCCACAUCCUUUUCAUCACCUCGGGAGGUCUCAAAGGCCAGGUCUCCAAGCACAAGGGCGUCCACUGGCUACAUCAUCCGGGGAGUGUUCACCAAGCCUAUAGACAGCUCGUGCCAGCCCCAGCGCCACUUCCCCAAGACCAAUGGGGCUCCAAAAAGUGCUGCUGGUCUGACGAAAGCAGCUAACACCGGUCUUCCCCGUUCCCCCAUCUCCGGCUACAAGAUGACCACGGAGGAUUACAAGAAGCUGGCACCCUACAACGUGAGGCGCAGCUCCAUAUCAGGGACUGUGGAGGACUUGGAGGUGCCCUUCUCUUCGGAUGAGCAGAAAAGGAGGUCAGAGGCUGCGAGCAGUGUGUUGAGAAAGACCGCCCCCCGGGAACAUUCCUACGUCCUGUCGGCAGCCAAGAAGAGCACCGGUCCUACCCAGGAGACACAGGCUCCAUUUUUUGCGAAAAGUUUCUCCUCUGCCCACAGGAUUGAGGUGGUGGAUGAGGAUGGGCCUUCGGAGAAGAGCCAGGAGCCACCUGCCCCAGCACUGUCUACUCCUGGCUUGAGCAGAUCUUCUCCAGGCCACAAAGACAAGGAGGCCCCCUGUUCCAGAGAGCUCAAGAGAAACUCCAUUGGGGAGGAGACCUUUGAGGGCCCCAGCAGAGAGUCUGAAAGGUCAAAUCCACAGCUGAGUGAUGGCCCCGGGGGACCGGGAGUCACAGGGUCCCCACCGGAAGGCUUGGCUGGAGCAGACACUGGCUCGGAGAGAGGAGGGCUGGGCCCAGCUGCUAGCUUCAGCCCUUUGCUGGACGAUCAGGAUGUGGGUGGUGCCAGCUCUUACUCCUGCAAACCUGAGCCAGUGGCCAUCAGCUCCAGUGCCACUUCAGCCCCUGCUGUCCUGGUCAAUAGGAAGAGUGACACUGCGGCAGACCCAGAAGACACAAAGGGUGCCCUGGCUGUAGACGAGGAGGAGCGUGUGGCUGCUGAGGCUGGCGAGGCCUGGCUGGAGAGGAGCAGAAUCCCAGUGUGUGGUGCAGGAGAGCAGCAGCAGUGCAGAGCUGUGGGCAGCCUGGAGCUGUGCAGCGAGCUGGGAGGCAGUGGUGGUGGCAGCAGUGCCCAGGCCGUGGAUGAGGAGAAGCAUGUGGCUGGCGAGGCCUGCCCGGAGAGGCCUGGAAUCCCGGAGUGUGGCGAGGGACGGGCAGCUGCCCCCGCACAGCAGCUUCCCAAAGCCAUGGGCGGCCCGGACUGCUGCAUGGAGCUGGGAGACGGUAGUGGCGGUGUGGGCGACAGGGUGACAAGUCACACUAGCUGUGUGGUCCCUGUUGCUGUCAGUACAGCUUCUGAGCAACCUGACGUGUACAUGCCAGCCCCACCGAGUGAACUGGACUCCAGCCCAAGCAGCAGAGGGAUUCUCUUCCUGAAGGAGUACGUGAAUGCUAGUGAAGUGUCUUCUGGGAAACCAGCGUCUUCCCUCCACAGCCGUGUUGGCAGCACGGAAGACUCAUUGGACCUGAAGAAGAAAGCCCCCUAUGACAGCACUCCACACCGCGAGAGAACAACUGGAGGGACCUGCACUUACUGCAGCCGUGAGAUUGGAGACUGUCCAAAGAUCACCCUAGAACAUCUUGGUAUCUGCUGCCAUGAAUAUUGCUUUAAGUGCGGCAUCUGCAGUAAGCCAAUGGGCGAUCUGCUGGAUCAGAUCUACAUUCAUCGUGACACCAUCCACUGCGGGAAAUGCUAUGAGAAGCUGUUCUAGCUCCCUCAGGCCAAUCAGAAGCUAAUGAUUCCUGGACGAGAUUGGCUGCCUCAAGUUGCUGGUUCCCCUCCUUCUCUUCCUUCUUUCCUUCCCUCUUCUUUCCCUCCUUCCUUCCUUCCUUCCUUCCGUCCCUCCUU